AGGCCGGGAGGCGGGGAGGCGCCGUCUGGCUCGGGUUUGAGUCAGGCAGGGAGCUUGUGAAGAGGGACGGCAGGAGCUCCGUGUAAGGUUUGCGGACGACAGCCCUCUGGCGGGUCGGCAGUGACGCCCACUAGCACAUUUCCAAUCCUAUGCGGUCCUCCGGCAUUCGCAGCACCCUCUCCUGGCUCUCUGUUAAAUACUUCGGCAGCUUUCUGUUGUACGAGAUUGAUUGACGGCAUCUUACUUCAGGCAUAGACACACAUUUCCAAGUGUUCCCAUCGGGUUUGGCUCAGUGACAGUGAAAACAGACCACGUUCAAGUACCGUUAGACGAAUGCAGCGCUGCAAGGAGUGCUGGUGAUUUCAAGUAUUUUUGCUGAAUUUGUAAGACAGACACUUGGAUGGUGGAUUAACAAAAACAUUGAAAUUCUGUGAGAAGUUUUAAAUUGGAGAAGAUUGAGUUUUCACCCUAGUCCAGCAGCUGUGCUGCUCACUUAGAUACAGAUGAAUGAAGACCCCAUUUGGAAAGACACCUGGCCAGCGGUCCAGAGCUGAUGCGGGACAUGCUGGUGUGUCUGCCAACAUGAUGAAGAAAAGGACUUCCCACAAAAAACAUCGGAGCAGUGUGGGACCCAGCAAACCUGUUUCCCAGCCCCGGCGGAACAUCGUGGGCUGCAGAAUUCAGCAUGGUUGGAAAGAAGGGAAUGGACCCAUUACACAGUGGAAGGGAACAGUUCUGGAUCAGGUUCCUGUAAAUCCUUCAUUGUAUCUUAUAAAAUACGAUGGAUUUGACUGUGUUUAUGGACUAGAACUUAAUAAAGAUGAAAGAGUGUCUGCGCUUGAAGUCCUCCCUGAUAGAGUUGCAACAUCUCGAAUCAGUGAUGCACACUUAGCAGACACAAUGAUUGGCAAAGCUGUGGAACAUAUGUUUGAGACAGAGGAUGGUUCUAAAGAUGAAUGGAGGGGAAUGGUCUUAGCACGUGCACCUAUAAUGAACACAUGGUUUUAUAUUACCUAUGAGAAAGAUCCUGUCUUAUAUAUGUACCAGCUGUUAGAUGACUAUAAAGAAGGCGACCUUCGCAUCAUGCCUGAUUCUAAUGAUUCACCUCCAGCAGAAAGGGAACCUGGAGAAGUUGUUGACAGCCUGGUAGGCAAACAAGUGGAAUAUGCCAAAGAAGAUGGCUCAAAAAGGACUGGCAUGGUCAUUCAUCAAGUAGAAGCCAAACCAUCUGUCUAUUUUAUCAAGUUUGAUGAUGAUUUCCAUAUUUAUGUCUACGAUUUGGUAAAAACAUCUUAGGUGUCAUCUCGAACUUUGCCAAACUUGUGGAACUAUUAAAUAUAUAAUUUGUAGACAUAAAGACUUGAUUGCUUUCCAGUUUAAUGAAAGCUUACGUGUCCCUGCGAACCCACAAUCUUUGCCAGCAAACUGUUUUGUUCUGAAUAGUACAGAUAUAUGUGAACUUUUGUGUAAGGAACUCCUUCAUCUUAAAAGAAGUCUUGUCUCUUUGGAGAGGAGUUACAGGCAAAUUUGGUAGAAGUUAUGCUAAUAUCAUAAUUAUUGAAAACUCUAAUAGAUCUUAACCAUUUUCCCCUUCACCCUCACUCUCUUAUUUUGCUGCCAUAAUGCAAGUGUAGUUUGGUAUUUUUUGUUAUGGCUUUUUUUUUUUAAUCUAUCUAUCUAUCUAUAUAUA